UUCCUCGAAUUAAUCACGUCUCUGGUUCUCUUCUAUUACGUUGCUCGUACAUUUUCCUUUUUCUUCUUUUGUGAAUCAAAAAGUAUUUCUGUUUCUGUGUCAGCUUCUUUGUCGUCUUUUCCGUAUCUUUUCCUCUUCGUUUCUCUAAAUCAAUGCAGGCGAUGCCAGCAGAUUCUGAAAAAUUGAACAAACUAACAAACACGAAAAAUCUAACUUGAAAUAAGCAACAAGAAAAUUACUUACCCCCCUGGCACUUUAGUUUCUCGUUCGUCCUGUAUAGGAAAAUGCGUUGAUAUUUUUCGUUUAUCCUUGGCAAUAGAAUGAAAUGAAAAGUGAUAAGUGCGGACUAAAAUGAAAUAUUCCAAAAAUAACUCACGGGUAUUUUUUUGCGAUCCGUUGUUUCAUUUUCGUUGACAUAUUCUUUUCCAGUAGGGAUGUAACAAACAUUUAUUCCAACCUAUGUUUACCUGGCAAGCAAAGUGAUUGACAGACUCAUUAAAAAAGUAAAUACAAAAGUAGAAAGACAUAGUGAUAGACACGUAUUAGAAGAACGACCCUGUACUCUUUUAGCAUCCCGCAUCAGAGAACCAUCAGCUAAAUGGCCACGAGCAACGCAGACAAUUUGUACACAUGCCUCAACAAAUGUCUUUAGGUAAUCAAAAAUUUGGGUUUUAGGGAUGAAAGAACUCACACUGGUGAGGGGCAGUCGUUCUCUGCCUUUGGAGAGACGCACACAACUCGGUGUAGGUGAUUUCCUUAUCCAACUGUCUUUAAUGGAUACGUGGCGAGGAAAACUGACUUGGAUUCGCAUUUCAACGCGAUAUUUCAACGCGUAGCUUUCAAAUCUACUUUCAGAGUUUACUCAAAUAAUAUGACUAAAUUUUAAACGUAUGAGAUACUUGGGUUCGCGUAUCUCUCGAAAACUAAUUUUACAGUGGACAGUUUACCUCGUGCAAUUUUCAAUGCGAGCAUGAUUUUUCGAAAAUAUCGUCUACGUUUGACAACACUUUGCGAUCGCCACACAAUAGCAACGUUUUUUCCCACACAACACUUCAAUUUAUACAUUACACCAAUCCUCAUUUCCUAAUUUAAUCCACAGAGAAGCUCGCUUGUUUUAGCCCGUUGUAAACUAGUCAGAAAAAUACGCAAUUAUGCGCAACAGGGUAAUAUGGAAUGUUUUAGUUGUUACCCUCAUCGCGUUCGGUGCAAGUGAAAUGGAGAUUUUGAAGCCAUUACGAGUCGACAUGCGUGAAUUAUUAAGCGAAACCAAGUCUUCAGCAAAGGAAUUAGCAAAAAUGAAAAACGCUAGAUGUUUAUAUACUGACUACUAUUUCAAUCGAAAUUGCUUUAUGCUGAAUUGCGAAAUGGAUGACACGGAGAAAAUCGACAAGAUCAGCGGCCGAUGCAUUUUUAAUCAGCGCCCACUCAAGAAAUACGCAACGAGGGACGUAGUCCGUUGUUUUGAUUCGUUAUCAGCCCAAGGGCAAAGACAACCGAUGCAUAUUGCUUUCAUAGGCGAUUCAACCAUCCGUCAGCACUUUGUCAGUUUUCUACGGCUAUUUCCUGACCACGACAGCCAAAUCACGACGCAAUUUGACAGAUUCGCAAAUAAAAACUUGACUAUGCAGCAUCACGAUGAUCGCAACGUCACGAGUCAAUUGUUGGGCAAUUUACGCAUUUCUUUCUUUUGGCGCAAUCUUAUAAAUAACGAGUUGAUUGCUGAUUUCGAACGAUGGGCAUCGACUGACGACGACAGUCGAACACCCGACUAUAUUUUUUUAGGCCUGACAGUUCAUCAUCUUCUAGAAAACGACCUUAUCACAUUCAAGGAAUUACUAGAAACGAGUCUAGUGCCACUGAUUAAUAAGAGUCUAGCCAUCCAUCGGCAUCAAAGAGUUGUCUGGCUGCGUCUUCAUACUUCAAUAGAUCAAUUCUAUCAAUUGUAUGGAGGUUUUUAUACGGAAACGGUUACCGUGUACAAUGAAGCCAUCGAGCGCAUCCUCAAGAGUACGAACAUAAUACUAUGGGAUACCAUCAUCGCCAUUGUCGAGGAAUAUCUGCGUGCGUGCGCCUUAACCGCCUACACUCGCCACGAUUUCGAUCAAGUCUUAAUCGACAAAUGGAUGGAUCGAGGUUACAUGAAUUGCAACGAUUACGUACAUCCAGGAAUGACUGCAAUAGCCAUUGGUACACAACUCAUCAUCAAUCACAUGUGUGAAACAGUUGCCUAGACUUCAAUAAACAUAAAGAAGUAA